AUGUUUCCAACAAAUCAUAAAACCAUAUUCGUGCUGGAUCAUACUCCAUAUUUUGGCAUUUCUUCGGAUAAUCCGAUUGACUUUGAUGUAUCUAAGAGCCGGGGACCAGGGUGCGUGCCUUUACCACCAAUAUGCAAGUCUUUGUGGACUUGCAGCGUGGAAGCUGCGGUGGAAUACUGCCGCGUAGUUUGGGACUUGUUUCCCGAGGGAAAGUUGGUUCGCUUUGUUAUUAGUGACUCAGCUGCACAUAUUCUAAAUACAUGGGCUGUGACUCAACAAAAUCUAACACAUAUUUUAAAUGGUUUAUGUCUUGUGGGUCAAGUCCGUAGAGGGGCAGGGGGUGAUGUGGUGGGAUUAUGUGCUGCCAUUGAGGCCUUGGCAGAGCCCUCACCCAUGCAAGCUUCCAGGCCUCAAUCUGAGAGACACUUUCAGAACAGGGGCCGUAUUAUAUGCAUAACUAGUGCAAGGGAUGACGACUCAAUAAGAAGUCUAGCAGAGAUAGCGCUUAAUGCCCUUGUUCAGCAAAAUAAGAAAGCAGCUGUUGUUCAACCUAGUACUAGUACAGAGACAACCAAUACUACUACACAGUCACUAGUUGUAAAUUACUGCCAUCUAGUGAUAAUAAAUGUUACUCCAGAAAAGGCAGAAACAAGAGUCAGUAAUCAACCUCUAACAGAGAUGGGAGGAGGUCUGAUGGGUGUGGAAGUGAUAGUUUCUCGCGCUAGUAAUUUAGCUAAUCUCCUGGGACGUCUAGUGCUCCCGCACUAUCGACUUGCCACUACCACUGUUACUGGUAUUCCUAUGAAGGAAGAACAAAACGCGAGUUCCAGUGCCAACUACGACGUAGAAAUUAUACAUUCAUUAGAAGCUCACGCAGGCUUAAGGGCAGCUCAGACUGCCGCUGAAGCUACAGAAUCCGUGGUGCUUCGGUGGUGGACGCCGCGCGGUGCGGAGGGUGGUGCAGGGGGCUGUAACGGGCCACUGUGGCGCGUCACGCCCGCCGACGUCGCAUCUCGGCCGUCCGCCUGUCUCGUCAACUUCCUACUCAAUGGAAGAUCAGUCACCCUUGAAAUUCCUAGGAAAGGCGGCGGCAGAUCGGCAUCUCAUGUUCUGGCAGCGCAAGGUGGAGAGUUGUGGAUAGGUGCUCUCGGAGGUCGCACUCCUUACGACGAUCCCCCGGCACUAUCUGAAGGAGCAGGUGGAAGAGUCACUGAUUAUAGAAUUAAAGAGUUCGGCGCUCUAAUGCAGCAGAAUCGACUAUACCCUUUGCGCGGCGCGGGCUCAAACGGGCGGGCGCGGGCGCGUUUACAACGGCACACCAAUUACUGGCCACUCACUAUUUCUUCCACACUCAUAUUCAACUUGGGAUCUGUAAUGGAGCCUUUAACACGACUGGUGGUUCAAGAGUCGUUGACCGACGACGAAGUCGACGCUUGUCGUGGUGUCUUAAUAUCAUUACUAGGCAUGGAGACUCGACACGAAUUCCCAGCCUCUCAACUGCCUUCUAAUAUUCGUGGCAAGUCAACAGGGCGACGCGAAGAGCAGUGGCGGCAGGUGUGGAGCGAGCUGGAGGCGCUGGUGCGCGCGCACUCUGCCUCGCCAGCACAUCGUGUGCUGCUGCGCACGGUGCUCGAGUGCCGGUCUCACAACCACUCCAGCGAUGGCGACUCACGCGCGACAGUGAUCCGAGCUACAACAGAUUCGCCCCUUUCACCCCCUGGUUCCGGAAAUGGAGCUUCAAGCAGCAGCAGUGGCGACAUCUGGGCUUCCAGGAAUGUUCUAGAUCAAUUACUCGGUGCUCCCAGACCUAAGUCCAGACCGGACUUCGCUGGGCGCUUGGCGGCAGGCAACCGAGUGGCUACAUUAUACCCGCAGUUAAACCAAGACGUGGAAGCUUAGAAUAAAAUAGAUAGAAGUUGAGGUUGCAGGCCAGAUUUUGUAAUAGAAAAACUGGUAAAUCAAGUAGGUGAUAUUAAUGUAAAUGUAUCGAUAAUAAUAUGGAGUACUUU